GCAGACAUCAAAAUGGCGUACCAGACGUUUAGUUCAGAAUACAUGCAAAUGCCCAUCGUUACACGGGCAUAUACUACAGCUUGUGUAUUAACAACAUUAGCCGUGCAACUAGACGUCAUAACUCCGUUUCAACUUUACUUCAACCCUGAACUUAUUAUAAAGAAAUACCAGCUUUGGAGACUUGUCACAAACUUCUUAUUCUUUGGAACCAUAGGUUUUAAUUUUUUGUUUAAUAUGAUUUUUACAUAUCGAUACUGCCGAAUGCUGGAGGAAGGCUCAUUCAGGGCUCGUUCUGCUGACUUUGUCUUUAUGUUUAUAUUUGGUGGUGCAUUGAUGACUAUAAUGGCAUUAUUUGUAAAUCUGGUAUUUCUUGGGCAGGCGUUUACUAUAAUGCUUGUGUAUAUAUGGAGUCGGAGAAAUCCGUACGUCAGAAUGAACUUUUUUGGUUUAUUGACCUUUAAAGCACCCUUCCUGCCCUGGGUGUURUUUUUGUUCUCCUUGUUGCUUGGCAACUCAGUGAUGGUUGAUCUUGUCGGAAUUGCUGUUGGUCAUGUGUACUAUUUCUUAGAAGAUGUCUUUCCAGAGCAGCCUGGUGGCUUCAAACUUCUCAGAACACCUGGAUUCCUGAAAACAAUAUUCGAUGGGCCAGUAGAUGACCCCAAUUAUAACCCUUUACCAGAAGACAGACCUGGUGGAUUUAAUUGGGGAGAAGGYGAACCUGUUGGUGCUGGAAACAAUGAUAAUGAAGAACAGUAAAAUUGUAAAAUAGAAUUUGCACUUGUUUUAAGCGCUGAACUCACAUCUUCAUGCUUCUUGUGGUAUUAAACAGAAGGACAAAAUCUUGGAAAAUUUGAUUUAUCCUUGUUGUACAAAAUUUUAAAUUGGUCAGAUAAAGGUAUUUGAACUUUGUACAUGUAGGAACACAGGCAACCUUCUCAGAACUGUCCCCUCCUGUUGUUAUUACUCUCUGCCACAGGAAACCCAACCCAAAGAAAAAGUACAAAUACUUGCACAAGCUGACGACAUUUAUCAUUAGRCCAAUGAAAUGGAAACUAAUGAGUGAAAAAUGUACAGAUCAAAUAUAUAUAAUAUAAGCUUAGUGUAAAUAUAAUAUGAGUUUAAAAAUAAAAACUAAUUCUAUAUG